AUGAGUUCCCCAGGAGGCCGCGUCCUCAAUGAGGACCAGUUCAGCUGCUCCAUCUGCCUGGAAGUGUUCGUCGAGCCGGUGUCGACGCCAUGCGGCCACAGUUUCUGCAAGGCCUGCCUGCAAGGUUACUGGACCCACAGCAAGAAGUUUCUUUGCCCGAUGUGCAAGAAAAGCUACAGCAGAAGGCCAGAAAUGAGCGUUAACCGGGUCCUGGCCGAGAUCUCCGCUCAGUUUCAGGGAAUGGCGGUGGCCGAAAGUCCCGGGGUUUCCGCGCGAGGAUCCGCGCUUAAUCUGAGUGUGGACCCCGGAACGCCGGCCGCCUCGAGUAUCGACUCUGGGGAGUUUGCGCGGGUCGGCGACAUUCCCUGUGAUGCUUGUAUCGGGAGGAAGUUGAAGGCACACAAGUCGUGCGUCAACUGUCCCGGGUCCUUCUGUGAAACUCACCUGAGACAUCACAGAAAGGUGAAAUCUCUGACGUCCCAUCGGCUCAUCGAGCCUACGUUCCACCUGGAGGAGAAGAUCUGUAAGAAGCAUGAGCGUCUACUAGAAGUCUACUGCCGCACCGACCACGCUUGCGUCUGCACCGCCUGCGUGGAUACCGUGCACAAGUCUCAUGACGUGGUCUCCGUGGACCACGAGUGGAAGAAGAAGAUGAGUAGCCUCGGGAAGAAGCGGUCAGAACUGAAGCAUCUGAUUAAGGAACGAGCCAAAAAGCUGGAAGAACUCAAGCAAUCUAUUAAAGUCAUUAAGUCCAGCGCCCAGAAGGAGCUGGAGGAGAGCUGGCAGGUGUUCGCCGAGCUACAGCGGCUGGUGGAGCAGAGCCAGGCCGAGUUGGUGGAGCUCAUCGCCACCAGGCAACGCGAGGCCGAACGUCAUGCGCAGGAGCUCGCGCGAGGCCUGGAGAAUGAGUUGAGUCAAUUGAGGAGGCGGAGCCACGAACUAGACGCCCAGGCGCAGACCGAGGAUAGAGUUGUCUUCUUACAGCGCAUAGCUACCUUGCCGCCCUUGCCCGAGCCCACCGACUGGUCAGCGGUGAGCGUCAAUACCGACCUCUACCUGGGUACUAUCCGCGCGUCAGUCAGCGGGCUUGUGGACAAGUUUCAGGAGGAGCUGAAAAGACUCUACGGCAAAGAACUCCGCAAGGUGCAGAACUACUCCAGUGAAGUCAUACUGGACCCGGCCACCGCCCAAAGGAACCUGGUGCUUUCCGACGACGGUCGCCAGGUGAAGUACGAGGAACGCAAGACAUCUCACUCCGAGGGCCCCAAACGUUUCAGCCCGGCGCUGUUCGUCUUGGGUCGCGAGGGUCUCAGCUCGGGGCGCCACUACUGGGAAGUGGAUGUGACCCGCAAGACGGCCUGGACUCUGGGCGUAGCCAACGCAUCCGCCCGACGCAAAGGCGAGAUCACGCUUAGUCCGGGCGGCGGUUACUGGUGCCUGUGGCUGAAGAACGGGCAGGUGAAAGCCCUGGCCUCGUCUCGCAUUCCCCUUGUGAUUCCUUCGCUGCCCGCCAAAGUGGGGAUCUUUCUUGAUUACGAAGGCGGUCAGGUGUCCUUCUACGACCCCAAAUCCCGCCUGCACCUCUACACCUUCCUCAACACUUUCAACGAAAGCUUGUACCCCAUCUUCAGCCCUUGCAUCAGCCAGGAGGGAAAGAACGCGUCCCCUCUCGCCAUCACCCCUGUCAAACAUUCCUGA